AUGACGCCCCCCAGGAGACCGCUUAUGGUCGAUGAAGAGCUUGGGAAGAAGGACGACGAUCACCGACCGGAGGUAGACCGGCCGCAAUGGCGCCCACGGCAGUGGAAAUCGCCACGACCGCGGCGCUUGCUGCUAGGCGUCGUGGCGUUGUAUCUUUUGUACUUAUUCUUUAAGCAUAUGCCGACCGACCUUCCCCCAGCGACGCAGCGAUUUAAUCCAGCAUUGACGGAAGCACGGCUGAGAGCUGGGGCAGGGUGGUCAAACCCGGCGCAAUCCCCUGGAAUGCCCCCACAGAGCCCACCUCCGCGCGACGACUCAAUGAUAAACGACCAAGAGAAUAAAAAUGAAUACUAUGAUGGCGACGUGAAGCUUUACUCGCUGACAUCCUCCUUAUCACGCUUUCGAAAGGUACCGAGUCAGUAUAAGUCAAGCCCUAGCCAUGCCGUGGUCUUCGCCGGCGCAAGCUUGCAGAGCGUCUCGGAUCUGUUGCCACUUGCUUGUCAGAUGGCCUCGUAUAAACGGAAUGAGGUACACCUUGUCUUGAUGGGGAAGGAAGGUGUCUCAAUCGAAGGAAUUCAGCGUGUGAAUGGAGUUGAUGACAAAGGGUGUCCCAUUGUCUGGCAUGAUGGUCGGCCUGACUACGCCCAAUGGUCAACUGAGGCCCGGAUGGAAAGGGCGGCGGUGGCUGGUCUAGAUUAUGUUCAUGCCUACCUCCGUCCACAAGCCUUAAUCACACAAGGGGAACCACGGGAAGAAAUGAAUUUCAUCAGGGUGGUCCAGUCAGUGGCGCAGCGUAAUGGGGCCCAGCAUAUUGCGCUUUCUGCCCAGUCGAGAGAUAUCAUGUGGAUGUCUGCUUUGGACAGCAAUGCACUGCGAGCUUGGAAUGAUUUCCAUAUUGAAAUUCUCGUCCAAGCACCUUCAGAAUCCGCUGGUUCCUUGAUAAGGUUGAUUCGGUCGUUGGAAAGGGCAGAUUACCUUGGGACUGUUCCCAGUUUGACAGUCGAACUCCCAUACCAUACGGAUCCGCAGCUACUUCAUUUCCUUCAGAGGAUGAGUUGGCCGCCUCACACAUCGAGCAAGGUCACUCUUCGCCGCCGUUUGCCUUCUGGUGCCCUUAGUGACGCUGAUGAGUCUGCAAGAUUCGUGGAGAAUUUCUAUCCCAGGGACCCUAACGCGACUCACUUGCUUGUACUUGCGCCCCAGACAGAGCUGGCCCCCUCUUUCUAUCAUUACUUGAAGUAUCUAACAUUGAACUACAAACACUCUGCUCGUACGAGCAAGCUGACCCCGGAACUUUUUGGGAUCUCACUGGAACUCCCUUCAUUCACGCUGGCUGGGGACAAGCCAUUCAGCCCUCCAGAGAAGGCCCUAAAGGGAGAGGGCGAACUACCAAUGUUUCUCUGGCAGGCUCCCAAUAGUAAUGCCGCACUGUAUUUCGGUGACAAAUGGACGGAACUAUAUUCCUUUUUGUCUCGUCGUCUUACUACUGGGGACAGAAAAUCCAGCGAGGAGACAAUUUCAAAGCAAUACCCCGCCGUGCUGGAGUACAUGCUGGAGUUGAUGCGUGCCCAAAAUGCUUUCUUGGCGUACCCAGCCUUUCCUCUACGAGGGAAUCCCCCUCUAGCAACAGUUCAUAGCGAACUACGUCACGCCCCGGAGGAACCUGCCUUGAAUGACUUAGAUAAACGUGAAGAGGCUGCGACAUCAGACCAUAUCGAUGAAUUUGUGGACCGUUUGGAAUCUGCCGAAAAGCCGCCAAGUUCGGCCCCAAACUUGAUGCCCCUCUUGGACCAAUUUGCAUGGAGACUGCCCGAUCUGGAGGACUUACCUACCGUUUCUUACAGUGGCGAUGCGUCAUCUGCUGUCGCCCUUGCUCAACAGGCCGGAGAGUAUAGAGAACGAUUCCGAGCCAGUCACGGAAACUGUCAUGAUGAUUCUCGAAAAGACGAGACCAGUCCAGAGUCUUUGUUUUGUAUAGAGACUUGAUUGUACCAUCGUUUGGAAUUUGGAUCUUGGGUCGGUGUUGUGAUUUACUGCGUGAUACUAAACUUGGGCGUUCUUUAUACCCUGUAUUCUAUGAGAGGACAAAAAUAUGCUGACAUCAUAAGUCAAGCGAGCACUGAAAGAUACCAUAAUUGUUUGAUAGUCAACCCAAUUAGUGGGUUAAAGCAGACCAGUAGCAGCCGUCAUCUUAUAAUUAUCACACCAGAUCUAAAGUCUCUACA